AUUUUAUACAAAAUUGUGUUGCAUAUACGGCUACACAUUAUAAUCCAACAGCAAUUGGUUUGUGGACAAAACAUGCAGAAGAUUAUGAAAAGAAAACAUUUGUAAAUAAUGUUAGAUUAGUAGAACAGCUUGACGAAUAUUGUAAUGAAGAUGAUAGAGAUAAUGUAGCUAAUAUUGCUAUUAUUCAAUUGCAAGAUUUACUCGGUUUAGAUGAUACAGGAAGAAUGAAUGAUCCAUCAUUAUCAUCAGAUGCAGGUAGUGAUAGUCGAUAA